ACAUUUUAUAAAUCACUAAAAAAAAACUUUAGAAAUUAUGAUCAAGAUGCACUUGAAAACAUAUCAUAUCGCUGUCAUUGUUCUCUUCAUCGGCAUGUCUAGUGCUACUUUAGCAUACGAUCCUAAAGGUGGAAGAAAGACCCUUGUGAACCAAGUGUCCAAUUCGAACCCAACCGGGGCUUCUGGUUCAGCCCAUGGUCCGAACUGGGACUAUAGCUGGGGCUAUGGGUCAAGCCCUGGGAGCGGUUGGGGUUACGGGUCAGGGUCAGGCCGGUCUGCUAAUGGGUUUGGUAAGGGUUACGGGUUUGGUUAUGGUUCUGGUAGUGGGAGUGGGAGUGGUUCAGGCUCUGGUUAUGGCUAUGGGUCUGGUAGUGGUGGAGCUCAUGCCGGAGGGUCUGGUUAUGGCUAUGGGUCUAGUGGUGGUGGAGCUCAUGGAGGAGGGCAUGGUGGUGGUGGAGGAAGUGUCCCCGCCGGCCAUGGAUAAUUAAAGUGGCUGCAGCUUUCUGUCAAGCAAUCUAUGUAUGGUUUAAUAUUAUAAUAACGUGAUGCUUGAACAAGUUACGUGUUUACUGGUAUGUGUUGUGGUGUGAAUGUGUAUGUUUAUAUGUGAUGUAGAGAUGGUCAAUAGAUAUAUAGGUAUGAUCGAUCAUCCUAAGUUAUAGUUUCGAGUGUUUUUAAUAUAUUAUUGUAAUCUCUCUUUUCAAACUUGGCAAAUUGUGAAUUUUAUA